AUGCAGGCUGCGCGCAAUGCAUACGGGUCCCCGGCAGCGCCGCCUCCGCCUCCUCCACCAUCAGCUCCUGCGGCUCAACCACCACCUCCACCAACUUCACCUCCUUCAUCAGCACGAACAUCCUCCCUCGUAUCAACACCACUCUCUUCUCGCCCCUCUUCCUUUUCAGAUAAUCAACACACUGCACCACAUCACCAACCUCCCGUACGCUCUAUGCUUGACCCAAGCAAUUAUACCCUCACUAACGGUGGCUCUCAUCGACCUGGUGCUCAAAAGAGCUCGUCCCAUGGUAGGAUCAGGAUCGAAGACCCCCGGUUUAAAUUUCAGAACGAAUCGCUGUUCCCCAAGCCGAGAGAAUUCAUAGGCGGCCAAAAGAUGUACAGGGCCGGCAGAGGUAGCAGCGUACCCUUAGACCUAACGUCUUUGUCAUGA